AUAAAUCAUAGCUUGUCUAGCGGUCAAUCUUAAAUAAAAACUUAUCAAAUCAAGAUAGGAUCCGUUGAAACUCUAAAAUAAAAUAUCUAGUCUUUAGUCUUUCUCUAUUUUGAUGUUCUUCAUCUUCUAGCUCGACUCAUCCCCACCUACAUGAUAAUGUUCCACGUCUUUCAUUCUUUUGUUGAUAGUAGUCUCGGUGAUAACAUCCACAUCUUGUUCCUAGCGAUUAUCCUUAGAUUCUCCAAAAGCUUCAAUCAAAUUCUACAUGACAAAGUUUAAAUACGUUUAUGAAGUUUAAUCAAGAAUAAGUGUUGCUGUGAAACAAUAUGUUGAUUCAUUCCUGUCUGUUUUGUUCCAGGCUCAUUUUGUUCAUGUACAAUUGUACCUCAAGUCUCCAACAAUAAGCAGGUUUCUUUUUAACAAUUCCGUUAGGUACCUGAUUCUAGGCUUUUCUUUUAAUUCUUACUAUUCAAUGAAUUACAUAUUAAAACUCACUUGUAUCUAAAACAAACAAACACUAUUACGUCAUUAGUGUUGUUUAAACCUGAAUAUGGGUACGGGUAUGGUCUCAAUAUGGGUAUGGUUUCAACAGGCUUUUUUUUCAAGAGGUCUUCACCACCAUAAGUCUUGCAUUGACAUCUAUUGUCUCUGUGUCUACCCAUUUGUUACGAUGGAUAGUCUGUAUCCCAUAAAACAUAUUAAACCGAAACAACCAAACCGCCAAUCAGUCAGUGUAGUUGAUAACCCAAAUCCUAAUGCAAUAUAACCUACAAAUAAACCUAGAUGUGCAGGCAUACUCUGGAAUCAGAUUCAUAGCUGCCAUUCUUUCAACUAAUAGGAUGUUUUCUUUCUGAGUAUUGGUAUGGUCUCAACAUGGGUAUGGCAUAACAGGCUGUCUUGUUCCUGAAGUCUUCACUGCCUUUGAUUCUGGAAUUAAAGGGUAUGGUCUCAAUGUCUAGCAAAGCGGGGUUCAUGGACAGCCAGUCUAGCAUAAAACAUAUCAAAUCCAACACAUUUAAUCAUCUGUCAGUCAUUGUAAUAGAUAGAGCAAAGUUGAAUACACAAAAUUUCAUGCCAAAUUGCCAGUCAGUCAUUGUAGUUGAUAACCCAAAUCCUAAUGCAAUAUAACCCACAAAUAAACCUAGAUGCGUAGGCAUACUCUGGAAUCAGAUUCAUAGCUGCCAUUCUUUCACACUAAUAGGUUGUUUUCCUCAUGAACAGACCGUCUCAACAUGGGUAUGGCAUCAAUAGGCUGUUUUGUUCCUGAAGUUUUGAACGCCAUAAUCAUGGCAUUAAUGGGUAUGGUCUCAAUGUCUAGCAAAUCCAGGUUCAUGGACAGUCAUUAAGCACAAAGCAUAUUACAUCCAACAUAUUACAUCCUCUGCCAGUCAUUAUAAUUGAUAAACCAAAAUUGCAUUCAGAGAACUUCAUGGCAAAGUCUGGCACGGAUGGGUAUGGUCUAAAUAUCUAGCAAAUCCCUGUUCACGGACAGUCAGUAUAGCAUAAAGCUAAUUAAAUCAAGUCUUUUGUAAUUACUAAAAACCCAGUCAUUCUAAUCGAUAGACUAAAAAGCCUGGUAAAUGGACAGUCAGUACAUCAUAAGCAACAUAACCAAGCAUCUGUCAGUCUUUCUAUUUGAUAGGCUAAAAACCUAGAUUUGUAAUGUAUGUUCAACGUUCCAGAAAUUACUAAAUAUUUGAAUUAUUGUCUUAAAAGAGCUCAUUGUUUAUUAACGGUGGCAUUGUUCAUUAACUUUGCAUUUUUCUGUUUAAAACUAUUAAUACUAAUAUUUCUCUCCAAAGAGGAUAUAUCCAAAGUUCUCACAAAGUUAAAUUAUGAAAUAUUAGAUAUAAUAUACAAAGGUAUAAGGCACAGGUGACUAUGUUUUAAUCAACAAUAAAUAAAUCCGAAUUUACGAUUAAAACGUAUCUUAUCAAACCUGGAUCAAACUCCGCUGGAUUUUCAAUACUUCCAUCCUACCGUUGUUGUAAAAGAGAAUAUGUAAGACUUUGAAUGAUUAAAUAUUUCUCUUAUCAAAAGAUGCAUUUAGAAUAUUUCAUUCAAAAGUACAUAUUGCAUCUGUCUUUUCAAGCAAUUUGGAGCAUGAGGUAUUUAAAAAUGAGGAGGCUUCUUGGUCAAAUAAAACAAAUGUAGUUUUUUCCGGAAUCAUCCCUAACUGCUAGCUUGAUCAAAUAUCUACCAAAAACAUAUUAAGCAUUUUAAGUAAUUUUAAAUAAUCAUGUUCAGAAAGAUGAAUAUAGGAAAAGGGAAAAAAAACCUUGGGUGACAUUCAAAACACGACAUGCACAGUGCAUGCAAUAGUACAUGG